AGCCCCCAGCCCCCGUCCUGUCAGAUGGCACUGAAGGAAUGCUUUGUCCAGCGCCUACUCUGCUUACAGCCGCUUUCGGGCCUUCUUACAACUCGGGGGCUGGGUGUUUCUCCUGCUUUACCAAUGGGGAAGCUGCUCGAGGAGGUUAAGCAGUUUAUGUCGGAUCUGGUAAGUGUGGAAUGAGACAGGACCCCCCUCAUCCCCAUGUGACUCCAAAGCCAGGCUGGGCCUGCAUCUGCCCGCAGCAGGCCGUCUCUGGCAGCCCCGGGGCCAGCGGAACAGACCUGGGGCCCCAGCUCUGGGGCUCGGGCGUCGCUGCCUUGGCGAGUGGAGCCACGGAGCCCUGCAGGAGCGACAGGCUGGCCCCGCCAGUCAGCACAGGCAGCCGGCGAGCAGGCAGGUGGAGCUCUCGCCCCGCGCCAGCCCCUCUGUGGUCUCGGCAACCGUUUGCAUUUCCUGAAACCGGAUCUCGGUGUCAGAGCCACCGUGGGCGGGCGCCUCAGCCAUGGCCCUGCGAAAGGAGCUGCUGAAGUCCAUCUGGUACGCUUUCACCGCGCUGGACGUGGAGAAGAGCGGCAAGGUCUCCAAGUCCCAGCUCAAGGUGCUGUCCCACAACCUGUACACGGUCCUGCACAUCCCCCACGACCCCGUGGCUCUGGAGGAGCACUUCCGAGACGACGACGAUGGCCCCGUGUCCAGCCAGGGAUACAUGCCCUACCUCAACAAGUACAUCCUGGACAAGGUGGAGGAGGGGGCUUUUGUUAAGGAGCACUUUGAUGAGCUGUGCUGGACCCUGACGGCCAAGAAGAACUACCGGGCGGGUAGCAACGGGAACAGCAUGCUCUCCAAUCAGGAUGCCUUCCGCCUCUGGUGCCUCUUCAACUUCCUGUCUGAGGACAAAUACCCUCUGAUCAUGGUUCCCGAUGAGGUGGAGUACCUGCUGAAGAAGGUGCUCAGCAGCAUGAGCUUGGAGGUGAGCUUGGCGGAGCUGGAGGAGCUGCUGGCCCAGGAGGCCCCGGCAGCCCAGACCACCGGGGGGCUCAGCGUCUGGCAGUUCCUGGAGCUCUUCAACUCGGGCCGCUGUCUGCGCGGCGUGGGGCGGGACACCCUCAGCAUGGCCAUCCACGAGGUCUACCAGGAACUCAUCCAAGAUGUGCUGAAACAGGGCUACCUGUGGAAGCGAGGGCACCUGAGGAGGAACUGGGCGGAACGCUGGUUCCAGCUGCAGCCCAGCUGCCUCUGCUAUUUCGGGAGUGAAGAGUGCAAGGAGAAAAGGGGCACUAUCCCACUGGACGGGCAGUGCUGCGUGGAGGUGCUGCCUGACCGCGAGGGAAAGCGCUGCAUGUUCUGUGUGAAGACGGCCUCCCGCACGUACGAGAUGAGCGCCUCGGACACGCGCCAGCGCCAGGAGUGGACCGCUGGUGAGUUGCUCACGGGGUGGCCUGGGUCUGGGGGGGCUUCAGUCGCCUCAUCUGACGCUGGGGAAAGGGCGCCCGCCCGCCGCCGCCCGGCCCUGGGCCGCCCUGAGCUGGCUCCGCCCCUGCAGGCCCGGGCGUCCAUGCAGGCUGAGAUGGAGCUGAAGGAGGAGGAGGCUGCCCGGCAGCGGCAGCGCAUCGAGGAGCUGGAGGACAUGCAGCAGAAGCUGCAGGAGGCCCUGCAACUGGAGGUGAAAGCUCGGCGGGACGAGGAGGCCGUGCGCCUGGCCCAGACCAGGCUGCUGGAGGAGGAGGAGGAGAAGCUGAAGCGGCUGAUGCGGAUGAAGGAGGACCAGGAGCGCUACAUCGAGCAGGCGCAGCAGGAGAAGCAAGAGCUGCAGCAGGAGAUGGCCCUGCAGAGCCGCUCCCUGCAGCUGGCCCAGCAGCAGCUGGAGGAGGUGCGGCAGAACCGGCAGAGGGCGGAUGAGGACGUGGAGGCCGCCAAGCGGAAGUUGCGCCAGGCCAGCACCAACGUGAGACACUGGAAUGUCCAGAUGAACAGGCUCAUGCAUCCGAUUGAACCUGGAGACAAGCGUCCCACCACCAGCAGCUCCUUCACGGGCUUCCAGCCCCCUCUCCUUGCCCGCCGCGACUCCUCCCUAAAGCGCCUGACCCGCUGGGGAUCCCAGGGCAGCAGGACCGCCUCACCCAGCACCAGUGAGCAGCAGAAGUCCCUCAACGGUGGGGAUGAGGCUCCCAUCUCGGCUUCCAGCCCUCAGGAAGAUAAACUGGACCCAGAACCAGAAAACUAGCCUUUGCGAGCCUCUUUCCCCCCAACCUCAUGCCCACCAGGACCUGCCACAGCUGGCCUGUGGGUGACACUGGCCCCUGCGAAGAGGGAGCUGAGGACCUGGUGUCAGGGGCCAAGGCCCUCCAACCACGAAACAAUCCAGAAUGGAACCUAGUUUAUUUUUGGGAGCAGCCCCAGGCCCCAGGCCACUAAGCCUGCCUGGGAUGUUGAUCCUUGAGAACUUGAUCCUGUGCCUUAACCCCAAGGAUCCUAGGCCCUGGGCUGGAGAAGAGUAAACAAACAAGCCAGGGGCCAUGAGCCCCAGACUGCCACCAAGUUGUGGAGGCACAUUUCCAAAUAAAAACUUCUUGGAGUGAAUUAUUGA